CGGAUGAGAUCCUCUUGACGCGCGCUCGCCUCUCGACGCGGGAUCGCCUGAGAUACCGCGUCGACUGACGAGGCCCGCAGUUCUCGGAGCAUCGCGAUCGACGGUGGAUCGAUUGACGACCCGUGCGCGAUCCAGUGAAGUUCAAUAACGGAUAGCAGAGUUACCGAGGUGCACCAAGUGCCAACGGUUUGCCGAAGAUCACACGGAACGUGAAAGGGACAUGAGUUUUAAUUUAUUUAAUCUAUCGCAUAAUUGAAAAAGGAACUUGCUAGUUGUCAGGAGAGUCAUCGUUGUAUUGGAAAAUUGUAGUAUUGAAGAACAGAGCUCUCGUUUGUCUCGGGAUUUGAUGUACACUGUGUGUGUGUCACUUUGAUAGACGACGCUGUCAUCGGCACGAUCUCGGAUCGACAUCUCGUUAUAAUCAGCUUCGUGUCAGCGGGCUUAUCGAUCUCAACUAUAUAUUCAGCCGAUUUCCAGAUCGCGCCACACAUAUAAAGGCACACAACUUGAACUUAUUUACUUCUAUACUUAACAACAUCGCCUACAGUCGAGAUAUCGAUAUUUAUAUUGACACUUUCGUGAUGACAGUUUAGUUUGAUACUCGCAUCAAACACGUAAAGUGGACUGUUUGGUGACGAAUCGAAGAGCGAUCAAACGUAAAAGCCGAUCGAUAGUGAAUACCAUCGGGCAUACCAGCAAGCUUCCAGGCUGCUCGAAGGACUUUAAAACAAGAUGCUCUUCAAAGGUAACAGCUCGCGGCUGGAGCUGCUGAUUGGCAAGAUCCACGCACACAAAGAACCGUCACAGGACGAGCAACACAAGUCUAAAGAAGCUCUAGGAACCGGAAGUUCCUCGUGGCAUAGCGAGGAUGGCGGGCCCAAUUCCCGCCGCGGUGGCGAGACACCGUCCUCCUGCGCGACUCCAACAUCGGCGAGUUUCCCGUCGGAGCCUGAGGUCGACACCGACGUCAAUCCCGACGGCACCAAUCCCGCCGCCCCCUAUCCCUGCCAAUUCUGCGACAGGAAGUUUCCGCGUCUUAGCUAUCUGAAGAAGCACGAACAGAGUCACGGUGAUCAGAUGCCGUAUCAGUGCAGUUGGUGCAACAGACUGUUCAAGCACAAGCGUAGCCGCGAUCGUCACGUAAAGCUGCACACUGGGGACAGGCGAUAUCGCUGCUCGAAAUGUGAGGCUGCCUUCUCUAGGAGCGAUCACCUGAAGAUCCACUUGAAAACGCAUGACACCCAGAGGCCUUAUCAAUGCACGGCUUGCACGAGAGGCUACAGUACAGCCGCGGCUUUAACGGCGCACAUGCAGUCUCACAAGAAACAUCAAUCAUCGUCGUCGUCUCAAUCGGCCGGUCUCAAGCUUCAGGACGUCGACUAUGGUAGAAGAAGCGUAUCCUCGCACAGCACGUCGUCACCGCCGGUACCGUCGUCGCCGUCGCCGUCAUUGAAUCUCAGUCUGAACCCGAGGAACGUCCUGAAGACGUCGCAGGGCACCGGCAGUGCCUCCACCACUCCGGUUCUCAGCUCGCCCCUGAAACUCACCUGCAUGUACUGCACCCGGGACUCGUUCAGCUGCAUGCAGCAGCUGCAGAUGCACGUGCACACGAUGCACCAGGCGAUCCUGAGUGGCGCGGAAGGUCCAGCUCGGCCGCCAUCGCCGAGCAGAACGUCCAGCGAGCAGCAGACGACUGUCUGCAAGCCGCUGGAUCGUCAGGACGUCACGAAGGAAUCGCGACUGGAUCGCAAGUACCCGACGUCCGAGGACCGAGGCGACAGGUCGGCUGUCGAGCGGGAGCAUUACGAGAACGGGUUCACCUGCAAUCAGUGCACCAUGAAGUUCUCUACGUUGACCCUCCUACGCGAUCAUUUGUUGUCGAUACACCGAAUCGACGGUUUUGGCGCGGCGAUGAUGAUGUGUCCCUUGUGCAGUAUACCGUGUUCCUCGGCGGCUUCCUACGCCGAGCACUACGUCCUUCAGCACUGUGAGAAUCGCCGACCGGCGCCGACGCACGCUAUAGAUUACGGGGAAACGAAGCUGAACGGCGGCAUUUACGACGGUACCGCGAGGGAUCCCUCCCGGAUAUCGAGAACUCGGGACGCGCCGGAAGCCGCUGAUCUCACGAAUAAGCACUCGACCAGAUCUUCCUCGGAUACCGCUGGCAGUUACACUGCUGAUACUCUGCUAUGCGGCCAAUGCGGUGCCGCAUUAAAAGACUUCGAAUCCUUCCGCGAGCAUGUGGCGCGACACUUGCAGGCCGACCACCGUAACCAGGAGAUGUCCGGCAGACAACAUCUAUGUCCCAAAUGCGAAGCCAUCUUCUCGGACCGCGAGGAUAUGCUGGCCCACCUGACCAAGCAUUAUCUGGGCCAGGUCAGCAAAGAGUACGCCUGCAGUGCCUGCAAAAAGCUCUAUCCGCAUCCAGAUCAGCUUCAGAGGCACCUUUUGGAUGUGCACGCGCAUCAUCUGUAUCGUUGCGCUCUGUGUCGGGACACCUUCGACUCCAGAGUAGCAAUACAGGUGCAUUUUGCGGUGAAACACAGCCAAGAGUGCCGGGUCUACCGGUGCAGCACGUGCGCCGUGUCCAACAAUGAGAACUCGCCGGGAGGAAACGUGACGACUUCUGGCGAAUGUAGGAGCUUCUUCAGGACCGAGGCCGAAUUGGCGGCGCACGUGCGUAGUGUGCACGCGCCUCCACCCGCUGUCUCUCUGAUGAAUAGCAGCCCGGUGGGUGCUGCGAGGAGCCCGGCCUCGACGCCCGGUGGUGGUAUCGCGGCGCGUUGUUUCUUCUGCGGGAUUUGCUGCGGUUCAGAUCUCGAACUCCAGCUUCAUUUGGCCAGCCACUCGACCAAUCUCUACAGAUGUCCCAUCUGCCGGGAAGGAUUCGCGGUGGAGUUUCUCUUGGACCGACACAUCGCCCAGGCUCAUCACGCCACCCAGGACCAUCAGGUACCAUCCGUCAGAAGUAACUCGAGAGAGAACGGGCGCGUUCAUCGAACGGCUAGAAAUCAGGAAGAAACGAAGUCUCUGAAGAGACGUUCACCAGCAUCGAGUAACAACAAUUCCCUGAAUCAGCGCGACAACAACAAACGUGCAAACUAUGGCACUUCCGGACAGCAGUGCGAGCUCUGCGAACGCGGCGAAUUUGCGAACGAGGCCGAGCUGCAAGCACACAAGAAACUGACUCACCAAACGCCUCCUAAACUGUCCAGUAAAAGUUUAUCUACCUUGAAUACCCUGACGUGCGGUUAUUGCGGCGAGGUUUGUCGUUCGCGAAACGAAUUAGAGUCGCACACGAGGAUCCAACAUGCGUCCAACGAGCCCGGCGGACGUCACAAAUGCAACAUCUGCGACGAGGUAUGCUUGUCCAGCACGACUUUGGCCGAACACAAGCUCCAGAAGCACUGCAAGAUACAACUGAGCGAUACGUGCGUGGUGUGUCGUGGUUGCCUGACCUCGGAGAGUCAAUUCCUGGAUCACGUGCAAAGGCAUAGCUUGGAAAACGUGGACCCGCAACAACGAUUGGACAACUCUUUACCUCAUUUACCCGCCCCGUGCGUUGUUUGCCGGCAGACGCUGAUCAGCGAAUUAGAGUGUCGUUUGCAUGCACGGCAUCAUCUACGGACGUCUUCAGGAUCGCGCAGCGCCGUUUCUAGUCCGACCAGUCCCGGUGGCGGCAAAACUCAGAGCCAAGGUUGCUGUCUCUGUUUGCGCGAUUUUGCUGCCGAUGAUUUCGUCAGUCUGCCACCCAAUCCUGCCAGUACGAGUGGACAACCACUCAAGGUCUGCAAAACCUGCUACAUGCGACAUUCUCAGGGAUUGCCUAUCCUGAACUCGACGACCUAUGAGCGGGCCAAGUACGAUACGACCUGGUUCGCAAGCAAGAAUGGUCAAUGGGAUAGUUCCAAGGACAAAUGGGAUGACAGAGGACUCAAUGUAGAGAAUCGAUCCAAAAAUGAAGGAAACACGGAUAAAAAACGCUGUGAGGAGUGCGGGGUGAAAUUCGAAGAUCCUGAAGAGGCGGAGAAACACAGAAUCACAGAACAUGAAAAGAUUAGCACUAGUGGUUCGAAACCCUCCUAUACAUGUAUACAGUGUCAGGUAUCAUUUCCAACCGAAGCCAAAAUUCAGCAACAUGUGAGAAAGGAACAUCUGGAAACAUCCAGGAGAGCUUCCUUGGAAGCCUUGCGAUGUCAUUUGUGCUCAUUUGAAGCUGCCAGUCCUAUGCAAUUGCAAAUUCACUUAAUAGAACAUACUUUUGUUGGCUGCGCUGCGCUCAGCUGUUACCUCUGUCAGUCGCUUUUUACAACUCCUAUUGGUCUUCAGAGUCACCUGCUACAGGAACACGGUCUGGGCGCGCGACCUUACGAUUGCCGCAAGUGCACGCUCAAGUUCUUCUUCAACGCGGAGCUAGACCAUCACAUAUUGACUUUCCAUCGUCCGAGGGAUGAGAUUCAUCCUUCGUCAGUCGAGAAUGCUCGCGAGAUGAAGAAUCGCGAGCCCGACGGCGGUGUAACGGUGAAGGAGGAAGUGAUGCAAGGUGGCAAAGAAGAGGAGGAGGAGGAGGAGGAAGUGAACGUGGACGAUCAGAUAGGACAGGAGGAACAUGAUGAAGCUAAACGAGAGGAGCAGAAGUUGAAGACGGAAGUAGAUAUCGAGACGACAUCCAACAAAAUGGAAUCGUGACUUUCUUUGGUCAAUAUUACAUUUCGUUCCGAGCUAGGAUUAAUUGAUUAUUAGGAACUUUUGUUAGCCAAUCAUUAAGUUUUUCACUCCGCCGCUCUCAGCGGCGAAUAUUCUAUACGACGUAUGUCUUUUAAAUAACAAAUAAAGUUCGAUACACACUCACGUACACACACAAUAAACACAUACGC